AUGGAUGUGGUAAAUAAUUUGUUUGUACUGAUCGAUCGUGAUGGAAAGGCUUUGAAAUUAGAUCGAGAUGUUGAAAUUAUGAACAAAUGGCUGCAGCGUAUAAGCACUGUUUCAACUAAUUAUUCAACUGCCAUGUUUUCAAUUCUCAUAUUAUAUCUUGCAUCACCGGGUAUUCCAAUAAUUUUGGACAUGGUCUCACCGCUGAAUAGAACCCGUGAACGGAUAUAUUUAUAUCAGACAGAGUAUUUCAUCGAUCAACAAGAGUAUUACCUUCAUAUCUUGAUACAUGCAUAUAUGACUGUGCCUAUUUCAGUGGCUGUUCUCGUAUACUUCGAUAACGUCCUCGGAACGAAGGUCCAUCAUGCUUGUGCCAUGUUCGAGAUACUCAGUACUUAUUUAGAAAACAUUAACGCUCGAAAAAUAACUACAAGAGGUGAUAAAAAAAUGUCCCAUGCAGUACGCCAUUACAUAGUACACUGUAUAAAAAUGCAUAAAGAUAUUUUGCAAUUUUCAAAUAAAUUGGAAUCUUCAGUUUCAUUAGCUUGGCUAAUAAUAUUAUUUUAUAGUUUGACUAUAAUUUCUGUAACGGGUACGGUGACAGUCAUGAAGUUGAAUCAACCGAGUGAAGCAUUUAAAUUUUUUGCAUUUACUAUCGGCGCAGUUUUUCAUCUUUUUUACACGAGUUUUCAAGGCCAAGAACUAUUACAACAAAGUGAACGAGUUUUUCAUGCUAUAUUUGCGGAUGAAAUGGACGCAUCCUAUAGUACUGCAUGGUUUGUAUUACUGACUAUUUGUCUUGUGGGACUUACUUUCACUGGAACGGCGACCGUAUUAAAACUGAAAGAAACAAGUGAAGCAAUAAAAUUCAUAGCAUUUUCUUCAGGGCACAUUUUUCAUCUUUUUUUCACAAGUUUUCAAGGUCAACUGCUCAUAGAAAAGAGUGAAGCGAUUUUCUAUUCAACUUAUAGUUCGGAGUGGUACAAUAUGCCGCUUUUUUAUAAAAAACUUCUCAUCCCAAUAAUGGUGAGAAGUAUGACACCCUGCAGAAUAUCUGCUGGAAAAGUAUAUAUUUUGUCAAUGGAUACAUUCAGUUCCGUAAUUCAAAAGGCAAUGUCUUUUUUCACGGUCCUCUCGUCAAUGCGUUGA